UGGCAUAAGUAGUUGCGGCAAUGCUGCUAUAGGUAACGUGGAAGACGCAGAAAAAGAUCACUUGAAAAGUCCCAAGGAUUUAUUUACCACGUGGGGAGCGGCAGUGAGGGAGGAACAACGAAAUAUAAUAUAAAUAAGCAUUUCUAAGAUAAAUGGAUAAAGCAGAUAUAUUUAAUUUAUUUUACUUGAAAAAAAAACCGAAAUAACUUAUUGGUUUCGUAGCUUCAAGGAAAAAAUAUAUCGACAUGGGUGAGACGGCCUCUCGAUUUUGUAAUUAUGUUGAGGGAGCGUUUCCUCCACCCAACUGACAGACAGACACCGGUGUAGGCGUCCGUCCGGUACCAGCACCCGUUACAGGCCUCGACACAGUGAACCUCAGACACUGGCAGCACCAGUAAGGUGUUCCUCCACAUCUUAACGUCUCAGUCAUCGUCGUAGGUGGUUGAUUUGGUGAAAGGUGUCUGGUGGGCUGGACGGAUUGACGUGUGAGCGAGGAUCUGCAGCUGCUUUGUGAGGGACCAACUCACCAUCUAGGUUCCAUGGUGGUUGAAGACAGCUCAAGUGCGGAGACUACUGGCUAUGCGGUAGCUUGGUAGAGGCAAGUGUCUCCUGAAGAAGUCACUGCAGAGGGGAGAAGUUUACCGAAGAAAUAAAACCUUGAUGAUGUGGCUGGGGAGAGAGACGAACAGCACUGGGGAUGGUAGUGUGGUGCAGCGCCUCGUGUGACACUCCUGUGAUUAUCUUUAUAACGGAGGCCUUAUUAUAGCGUGCCGAGUGUACUGUCCUAUAUUAUGGCGUUAGAAGUCUUAUAAAUACAGGAUUCAGUGGAAGAAGAGUGAGGUACAUUAUACUUGUCUGUUCCUGAGUGAGAGUGACCGUAGAGUAGAAAGUAAACAACGUCUCGUGAUAAUAUCUGCCCACACGUCCUCACUCAGUGCCUUCAUCCACCUCAGCUGAGGCUUUCUAUAGUGUAGUGUUUAUUGUGAGCUUCCAGAAACGGAAGUAGCUUCAAGUGUCCUUCGUGUGCCAGUGCCAGAAAAUAAAGGCUUUAAUGACAGGAACUUGUGUACUGAACUAGGCUGGUUCUUGUUAACUUGCUAAAAAUUUUCCUAUGAAAUUUGGUGUUGAGGAAGUACUCCAAUUAAAUGUGCAGUAAGAGUGAAUAAAUUGCCUUUUGAGUGUAUGUUGCGUGAGAAAAAAACAACGUUGUAACCCUUGAUGGUGGAAACGCUCCCAGGAAAGAACCUACAGUUGUGGUGAGUCAGUCAGGUCAGCACCUUCCUUCUUCUCCUCCCCCUCCUUUCUCCUCUCACUCUCUUUGUUUGUAAACACACCAGCAGCGUCGCUAUCAUCAUGGCAACCCUGCAGGAUGCUUCCAACGCCUCUCCGGCAGAAGUUGCACCCCUUGCCUCUGGAAACACCAAUAAUGGCUCCGAGGCGGGCGAGGAGGCGGGGGACAGCUCCUCGGAUUCAGGGUUCAAGCUAAAGAAGGAGUUGGGGCUGAUGGACGGCGUGGGUAUUAUUGUCGGCAUCAUCAUCGGCUCGGGGAUCUUCGUCUCCCCCAAGGGCGUGUUGGAGUACAGCGGCAGCGUGGGUGUGGCGCUGGUGGUGUGGGCCGUGUCGGGCCUCCUCUCCACGGUGGGCGCCCUCUGCUAUGCUGAGCUAGGAACGAUGAUUUAAAAGUGGCGGGGACUGCACAUCCACGAGGCGUUUGGUCCCUUGCCAGCCUUCCUGUACUUGUGGGUGGCGCUGGUGAUCAUCAUGCCUACGGGUAACACCGUCAUCGCUCUCACCUUCGCCAACUACAUCCUCCACCCCUCUUCCCACUGCGAGGCACCUCCAGACAUACCCGUGAGGCUCAUCGCUGCUGUCGUCAUCUGUUUCCUCACGUGGGUGAACUGCACGAAUGUCAAGUGGGCAACCAAAGUUCAGGAUGUGUUCACGGCGGCUAAGGUGCUCGCCCUCCUCAUCAUCAUCGUGGCCGGAGUCUACCACUUGGCCAGCGGCAACCUCGAAAACUACCAGAAGCCCUUUGAAAAUACUAAUUGGGACCUCGCAUUCUGUGCAACGGCCUUUUACCAGGGGCUCUUCUCUUUUGCUGGAUGGAACUACUUGAACUUUGUUGUGGAAGAGCUGAAAAACCCAUACAGAAACUUACCGAAGGCCAUAAUGAUCUCCAUGCCACUAGUCACCAUCAUCUACUUCUUGGCAAAUGUGGCAUAUUUUGCUGUUCUUACUCCUUCAGAGAUGUUGGCAUCAAGUGCUGUGGCAGUGUCAUUUGGUAACCGUAUGUUGGGUGUGAUGACGUGGACGAUGCCUUUCUUCGUGGCGUGUUCAACGUUCGGUAGUUUAAAUGGUGGAAUCUUUGCCUCAUCGCGAUUGUUCUUCGUGGGUGCUAGACAAGGCCACCUGCCCCAGAUCCUUGCCCUCAUCAAUAUAAAAAACUACACACCAGUGCCAUCUUUAGUCUUCCUGGGUUUCAUGACAGCGUUCAUGCUCAUAACGUCGGACAUGCAGGCACUUAUUAACUACAUAUCAUUCACUGAGUCGCUGUUCAUCCUUAUGUCCAUUGCAGCACUGCUCUGGCUACGGUACAAAGAACCCAAUCGGCAAAGACCUAUAAAGGUUUGGAUUGGAUUCCCUAUUCUCUUCUUUGUCAUCUGUCUCUUCCUUGUGGUUCUUCCAAUCGUGCAGAGACCCAUUGAGUUAGGGGUUGCCAUUGGGAUAAUCUCCAUUGGGGUCCCUGUCUAUUACUUUGCCAUUCAUCGAGAAGAAAAAUCAAAGUGGUUUAUAAGACUUAUGGAUAAGGCCUUUUAUGUGUCUCAAAUGCUGUGUAUUAGUCUACCUGAGGAGAAGCAUGAGUGACAGUGUUGGCCAGUUAUCCAAGAAUGCUGGUGCAAGUUUCCUAUUUCUUUGUAGAUAUCCAUAUGUUUUGGAAUAUCCCCAGAGUAAAUAUACUUUAUACAUUUAUUUGGUGUUAUUGUACAGAAUGGGGCUGGUGGCACGCUUGCCCAAUACGGGUGAUGUCCGUACCUUUUCUCACCUAAAGGCUGAGGCUGCUUUAGCCUUGUUUAUUGUAUGUGGAUGUGUUAUGUCAUCCAAGAGUUAUUUUCGAUACUUAUUUGUAUAGUUAUGAUAUAUAUAAUAAAAAAUAUACAUAAUAGAAUUAUUAAAAUUGUAAAGUUAAUUAAAGCUAAGACAUGAAUUAUCAAUGCAGA